AUGAGUAUGUACUUGAUGAUUUCUAUUUUGCACGCAAGUAGCUACGCAAUGGCCAAGUCGUCCAUCAGGGGUGGGAAGUCAUCGAUGUCAAGCGACAUUGGUCAUCACGUCCCACACGCACACGUUGUCCGCAGCCACCAAAGACGAAUGCAAAUCGCUGCUGCUGCCUCUUCAUCCUCGACGCCGACCGCAACGACGCCAACCCGCGUGGCAGAUCUAUGGUUUCCCGAAGACAAUUUGAUCAUACGCGCCGAAGAUCGAGUGUUCCGAGUGUCAAAGGGCGUGUUGGCGGCGAGGUCAACUGUGUUCAAGGACAUGCUUGCCUUUGACUCUGUGGCGACCGAUGACGACGACGACGAGCGUAUCGACGGAUGUCCUGUGGUCAAGCUGCACGACAGUGCUGCCGAUGUAGAGGUGUUUUUAAGGGCUAUAUUCGACUCAAGUUUCUUCGAGCCACCACCAACGAAAACCACUCUCCCCACCAUAUCCGGCAUCCUCCGCCUCUCCCACAAGUACGAUGUGCAGUUUCUCCGCCGCAGGGCCUUGCAGCAUCUCGACACCGGCUACCCUACUUCCCUCGCUGUGUACGAGAUUUCAGGGACGGAAACCUUCUCCUCAGACGGGCUCGACGACUCCUUACUCACUAUUCGCGUCGCCUCCGAAGUUGGGGCCUCCUGGGUGCUCCCCACCGCCUUCUACUUCCUUUGCUACUCCGACAUGCGGGACAUCCUCAACUCGCCCCAGUGGCCCCUCCUCAGUCCCGUUGACCAAGAAACGACCAUAGUCAGCUACACCAAACAGCGCCUGGCCUGUCCCCCUAUUCUUCCGUUCCUCCGCAUCCCAUUUGUCGAGGGCUGCACCAGUCUCAAGGAGUGCGACGAUUACCGCGUUCAAAACCUCGCAAACGUUCAUAACUGGAAUAUUUCCGAUCCCCUGGGGAGCUAUCGAGACUGGACGCCGUUCGAGAACCUUAUUUGCGCGUACUGUUUGAAGCAGGCGGAAGAGUACCAUCGCCAGGCAAGGAGGAAACUUUGGGACGAGUUGCCUGAGAUCUAUGGGCUUCCUAGUUGGGAAGAGUUGGAGCGGGCGAAGGCAGAAGCAUUGAAUGUCGACGAGGAGAUGGGUUAG